AAGGCAUGGCCAAGGCCGGAAGCUGCGGCGGCGGAGAAAACAUGGCUCUGAACGGGACAGGCAACGACGACGCGGACUGGGAGCCUCCGUCCGAGGCGGAGCUCAAGGUGAUCCAGGCCCGGCGUGAGAGACAGGACAAGAUCAGCAAGCUUAUGAGCCAGUACCUGCUCAAGGGCUACCGCAUGCUGGGCGACUGCUGUGAGGACUGCGGGACAAUUUUGCUGCAAGACAAACAGAAGAAAUUAUACUGCGUUGCCUGCCAAGAACUUACUUCUGAUGUCGACAAAGACAAUCCAGCCCUGAAUGCCCAAGCUGCUCUGUCACAGGUGCGUGAACGCCAGCUGGCCUCCAAUCCAGAAGACGUCGCUUCGCCGGAGUACUUCUCCUCCCUGGCGACUCCCCGUCACGUGCCGCGCCCGGAACACUGUGAAGGGGCAGCCUCAGGACUCAGAGCAUCUGCCCUCGCUCCAGCACUCCCAGCGCCUGUUGCAGUGCCUCCCUUGCCACCCCCCACCAGCACCCUGGCUGCAGUAGAGGAAGCCAUCUUGCAGAAGAUCAGUUGGGCGGGCCAGGAGCUCCAGCAGAGCACCUCCAUCGAGAUGAGCAUACAGCUGUGCUCCCUUAUCCGCUCCUGUGCGGAGUCCCUAAAGGGCAUCAAGGAACUGCAGCAGUGAGACAGCUC